AUGACGGCGAAUCCAAACUGGACAGAGAUAAAAGAAGCACUUUAUCCUCACCAGACUGCAUCUCACCGUCCAGAUUUAGUUGCGCGAGUAUUUGAGAUGAAAAGAAAGGCGUUGCUGGAUGAGAUAGUCGAAAAGAAGGUGUUUGGGGAUGUGGUCGGGUACGUGUAUACCAUUGAGUUUCAGAAACGUGGAUUGCCUCAUAUGCAUUUACUUAUAUAUCUUGAGAAGUCGCGGAAAAUACGUACAGUUGACCAGGUAGAUAGAUACGUGUCUGCUGAAUUUCCCGACGAGCAGAGUGACCCAGUCCUGUUUGAUACGGUUAGAAAAUGCAUGGUCCACGGACCCUGCGGUGAUAGAAAUAAAGAAUCUCCUUGCAUGAAAAAAGGAAAAUGCACCAAACAUUAUCCAAAGAGCUAUAACGAUACGACUUGCUUGGACGGAGGUGGGUAUCCGGUUUAUCGUCGCAGGAAUAACGGUGUUGAGGUGGUUGUUCGCGGUGGACGUAAGACAACAAAUAUUGACGUUGUACCUUACAACCCGCAUCUGCUGCGGAUGUUUAAUUGCCAUAUAAACGUCGAGGUAUGUGUUGGGAUAAGGGCGGUUAAGUACAUCAACAAGUACAUAUACAAGGGGUAUGACAAAACAACAUUUGUAGUUGGAUCGGCAGAUGAGAUACAUAUAUACAUUGAUGCAAGGUACAUAGGUCCUCCAGAAGUUGUUUGGCAUCUGUUUGGGUACCGUAUGCAUAAGAAAAUGCCACACAUGGAAAGGUUGGCAAUACACCUUAAAGGUAUGCAGAGAAUUGUAUAUGAAUCCGAAGCAUCGACUGAAGGAGUUACACAAACAGCUGAGAAUUAUAAAUCUAAACUGAUGGCAUACUUUGAGUACUAUUAUGAAAAUCCCGAUGCCCCUGCAUACGCGUAUCAAGAAUUUCCGCAACAUAUGGUGUGGAAAGCAGAUAAAUCUAGAUGGGAAGUCAGGCAAAAACAAUUUGUGAUAGCUAGGAUGUACCUUGUCUCUCCGAACGCAUGUGAAUUGUUCUACUUGAGAUUGCUAUUGACUGUUGUGGCGGGCGCCAGGUCGUUCGAACAUCUGAGGAUUGUUAAUGGCGUGUUACAUCCAACCUACAAAAAAGCAUGCGUUGAGCUUGGGUUAUUAGAGAGCGACGGUGAAUUUGUAAAUUGCCUGAGGGAAGCAGCAACUGUUCAGACAGAAAUCCAUAUGAGAAACCUCUUCAAGAUAAUCCUGUCAGAUGGAAAUCCAGCUGGACCAGAAUUGUUAUGGAAAGAAUUCAAGAUUAAUAUAUGCGAUGAUUUACAGCACGUUGUUAAAAGAAAGUAUGGCAUCCUAGAACCAACGGAUGAGGAGAUUGAAGAAUACGGACUUUACCUGAUUGAUAAAUUGUUGCAUAAGGAUCAGCUUGAGAAGAAUAUCGCAAACUUGAAUGAGGAGCAGCUCACGGCUUUCAAGGUAGUGACAUAUUCCGUGGAGCGAAAAGACGGGUCUAAAUUCUUUCUGAAUGGUAGUGCAGGGACAGGAAAGACAUUUGUCUACGACGCCAUUGCUGCGAGCUGCCGUCUGAAGGGAGAUAUUGUUUUGACUGUUGCGUCGUCCGGAAUAGCUUCCUUGAUUUUGGAGGGAGGCCGUACUGCACAUUCAAUAUUCAGAAUUCCCAUAGAUAUAACAAGCACCAGCAUUUGUUCAAUAGCUAAACAAAAGGAAGAAGCUGAAUUUAUAAAACAUGCGACUUUGAUUAUAUGGGAUGAGGUGCCGAUGCAGCAUAGACAUUGUAUCGAGGCUGUGAACAGGUUGCUCCAGGAUAUUCAUGAAAAUAAGAAAGAUGACUUCGGAGGUGUGACUGUCGUCAUGGGAGGAGACUUCAGGCAGACUUUGCUAGUGAUACCGAAUGGAGACCGGGCAGAAAUAGUGGGGGUCGGUUCUGAACCAGUUGACAAAGUUGAUGUGCCAUCGGCCGUGAACGUAUGUAAAAACAGAAGAGAGCUAAUAACAAAGCUCUAUCCCUGCCUCAAAAAAACACAAAUCUGGAGAGGGGAUGAAGAGUGUUACGAACAAGUUUCAGAGGAGGAACUAACUAACAGAAUGAUUCUCACGGCACGCAAUGAUGAUGUUAAUGAGAUCAAUGCCAAGGCACUUAAUUUUUUGGACGGAGAUACACACACAUAUCUAGCAGCUGAUAAGUUGACUCCCGACGAAAGUGGUAGGAUACCUCCAAUAAGCAAUGAAUUUCUGCAAAAUCUAAACCCUCCAGGAAUGCCUUUAUUCAAACUGCAACUCAAAGUUGGAUGUCCUAUAAUUUUGAUGAGAAAUCUCGCUCCCUCUGAAGGACUUUUCAAUGGGACAAGGUUGUUGGUGACGCACUGCGGGAAGUAUCUUAUACAAGCAAAAAUCCUGACGGGAAAGAAGAGCAAGAUCGGAGAAAAAGUGAUGUUGCCUAGGAUUCCAUCCCAAUAUUUCAUAGUUGAACAUAAAUAUGCUGAGACGGCAGUUUCCAAUUCGGUUGGCGUAUGCGAUGACGAUCAACAAAUCUCAAGGACAGUCGGCGCAACACGUUGGCAUUGA